GAGAUUGUGGUGCUAUUUCCCCUUAAUAUUGUUUUAUACUCGAAGAAACGAUUUAAAGCAAAAUGGCAUUUAGUAUUUCUCAUAUAGCCUCAGUCGUUACUCGAGUGUUAAAUAUAUAUUUGACAGGUCUUUAGUAUUAAUGCAUAUAAUAACGGUUUAAAUUGACCUAACAGUGUUCAAUUAAACAAAGGAUACUAAGUCUCGUAACAAAUGAAAUUUAAGUUAUAAUGAUUCAUCCGAAUUAUUCUUAGCGCGUUUAAAAAACGAGCUAAUGCAUCGACUAUAUAUAAUAUUGUUCAUUGUUUAAUGCAAAAAUUGACUACUGUCAUUGUGCAACUCUUAUGGCAAUACAAAAAAAUUUAGGUUAUACGUUUUCCAGAAUAAAAUAAAUGAGAAGCAUUAGAGCUAGAAAAAGAAGACUAUUUUCAAGGAAUAUACAAUAUUAAAAAAUCAUAUGAUACUCAGAUGCGUUACUUGAUGUCAACAACCUUUCGAAAAUUUGUGUAAAAUGUUAACCAUUCCUACAAUAGAACGUGGAAUGUGAGAAGGUGUUUUAAAUUCCUGCUUUCUCAGGUGUACUGGAACGUAGAUAGUCCUGCUGUUCACCGCUUAAAGUACAAGUAUCCUACGAUGUUUUCAUCAGGUCUUGGCUGUAAUCUUUCCUUCCCCAGUUGUCUGGGCUAUCCACGAGAUAGCGAAGAACUGAUACCAAAAAUGGCGCGUGAACCGAUUAUUCUCAAUGUUUAUGAUAUGUAUUGGAUAAACGAAUAUACAACUCCAAUCGGACUUGGAGUUUUUCAUUCGGGUGUUGAAAUAUAUGGGACAGAAUAUGCCUAUGGUGGUCAUCCAAAACCUAAAUCCGGCAUUUUUGAAAUAACUCCUAGAGUUGCGGAAGAACUUGGUGAACAAUUUAGAUACAGACAGUCAGUACACAUUGGGUAUACAGAUUUUACAGAGGAAGAUGUUACAAGGAUUGUAAAUGAAUUAGGAAAGGAUUUUAGGGGAGAUCGUUAUCACUUGAUGAAUAAAAAUUGUAAUCAUUUUAGUAGUCAGCUUACAUUGAUUCUAUGUGGCCAAGAAAUCCCAGGAUGGGUUAAUCGUUUGGCAUACUUCAGUUCGUGCGUACCAUUUUUGCAGCGUUGUCUCCCAAAAGAAUGGUUAACUCCCGAUGCCCUUCAGCAUUCUUUAAAUCAAGUCAGCCAUCAUGAAGGCUCGUAUAUCGCCAGGAAGAAAUUGAUAUCCAGGCAAUUCGAAUGUCACUCGAGGGUACAAACUUGACAUUGUACUUCUCAAUGCCGCUGAUAAAUUUAUUAGUACUCAGAGAAUUGCCUUCCCUGCAACGUGUCGUCUAACAAAUUUUCGACGACAGGAUACAGGUCGCGUGUGUUCUUUGGUUAAUAGUUAUAUAAUAAAUAGAUAAUUACCUACAAAUCAAAGCCAUACCUGAGACUGACAAGUUUAUUGGUCAGAAGAGUUCAGAUUUCAUUUAUGUUUCAUCAGAUUUUUGUAGCCAUUGAAAAGCAUAUUCUUUGUUUAAAUUCUAUUUCAAAUUAUAAAUUUUUUGAUGAGCACUUUUCAAUUUAUCGCAGAAACUUUUAUAGGAUUAUUAUGAUUAACUUAUCUUUUAUAAUCAAAACUCAUAUUUCAUUUUGUUUACAU